GAAUUGCAUAGCAGUCUACAACUUCUUCAAGCUCUUUCGACACCUCAACUUCUAUCUUCUGUAUCUGUUUAAGUAAGAUUUUUUUAUCUCGACUUCCUAGUUUGAGUUCCUACACCUGCCCUGCUCUAAAGAAAGAAGGUAAAACAAAAUGCAGUUUAAGGAGCUCGAUGCGCCCAAGGCUUUGGGCGAGCGCCAGGCAGGCGCGGCGUCAGCGGCACAGGGUAUGAUGUCCAUGACGCACAGACAAUUCGCAGACAGGGAAAUAAAGGAGGCCUUCGACACUUUUGACCUCGAUAACAACAAUUUCGUUGGCGCAGCAGAAAUAAAACAUAUAUUUUAUGGCGUUGUUCAACUUCAAUCAUAUUGAAAGACGACAUAGAGAUAGUUAUUCUUGAACUUGAAAUUGUUUAUGAUAGAGUUACAGAUACUGUUAGAGACGAUUGAGAACAUGAGCUUGUUCUUGAUGGAGAUAAAAGAUGAGUUCUGCGGUUACUACUUUUAUAUAGCCCGAAGACCUUUCCCACUUUGGAAAAGAGUCAAACUAGAACUGAGUUCAUCUGCUAUCGCUGUCCCUGGAGAAGAAACCUUCUUUGUAAGUGAAUUCUGUUUACAGUUUUUUCUUAGAAAUGCUUUCCUCCAUCAACUGCCGAAGAAAGUAGUUAUUUCACAUCCGACCUGUUCUCAUCCUCUGCUACUCAGUUCUCAUCCUCUGCUACUUAAUAAUACCGUUGUUCCCGUAUCUUCCUUGACCUCGACCUCUGCGUAUCCCGUUCCUCUGUCCAGAUGAAGUCUUGUAUGACCAGGUCACCUGUGCCUACCUUCAUCAUCGAGGCCUUGUUGGAGAAAAGGCUACUGAUGAUGAGAUAGACGAGAUGAUUAGAAUGUGCGACGCAGACGGAGAUGGGCAAGUGACGUACGACGAAUUCUAUAAAUUGAUGUCGAAUCCCUACAAUUAAGGCUCCAAAGAACAACAUGAUCCCACCGACCCCCACGUGGAUCCCGUUCCACCCUCACGUCCGUCAUGUGUAAGAAGUAUCCCGUUAAAGUACUGCGCCACCGCCACGUCCGUCACGCGUAAGUAUCCCGUUAAAGUACUGCGGUGGCAGGCGUGCCUGGCGUAUUCUCCAGGUAAUGCACUGAAGCAAUUAUGUACUGGGGCGCGUAUUUGAACAGGAUCUUCUCCUGUUUCUGAUAUUCACGGGACAGGUUAUAAGGGAACAAGCUCUAAUGCAAGGAACGACCACUGCCGACUAUGCCAAAGACUACCUUUCAGCUGCCGUCACAUCCACGUUUGGGUCCAACGGCACCGAAGGGAGGUAUAGAUAAGCCUGUACCGAAAACACGAGUUGCAGAGGUGCUACAGGACGUCAUCACACAGCUUGCAGGAGGUAUUGUUCCGUGUUCUUAGGUGGAUUUAGAUGUAGUUAUUACACAGGUUGAGCUACUUGCACGAUGUAUAAUUAAAUAGUUCAAGAAUGAUCAUAGUUCAAUGACCUACUCACAGGAUGUUAGAGCUAUGGUAAUCACACAGGGUCGGUGUGAUUGUUGCAGGAGGUAAGUACAUCAAAUGCAGUGUGAUGAUCUAUUGUUCUUGGACAGUCGUUCUUAGAGGAAAAAGCUAGUACAGACUGACUGACACUGAAAUUGGAAGUUGCGUGUGUACUUCGAUCACAUCAACCCCAACUACUUCUGCUUAAGUGUCCGUUUGAAGCCAUCGCAUGCCAACCCCAACCACUAAAUAGUACGAAAUUACUCCCAACUACUACACAACACUCAAUCACAAUCUUCAUCAGGUGGCCGUCUGAAGCCUUCGCAUAUCAAGAAGAUUUAUAAGAGCUUUCAAGCCGUCGACAAGGAUCAGACAGGGUUCGUGGAUUACCCUGAAUUCCUUAUAGUGCUGAAGCAGCAGGACUCUCCCAUCAUGAAGGAAGUCUUCAAGCUCUUCGAUCUAGAUUUCAACGGAACUGUCGAACUGAAGGAGUUCGUGACAUUAUGGAAGAAUUCCUUUUUUUUUGCUUUUUCUGACUCCUGGAGUAGGACGGUCCGCUACUGAAAUGAACAGAUCAUAAUAGAUACGAUGGUUACUGAUUACUCGAAAACUGAAAAUAACCGAGUUACUGACUGCAAUAAGGGAGGCAGCUUAGCACCAAGGCUACUCUUCCUUCUCGUCAGCAUCUCGGUUAUUCUAAGUAGUUACUCGCUUAUUUCAGUUUUUCGAAUACUCCUCUGACCCGGAAUCCAAAGAAAGAAUAAAUCCAGCACCUGCUCCACCUUUCUACUCCUUUCUUGUCCUUACAACAAGAACAACACCGACAACAAUCUAUCAUCAGCAACAAUAUAUCAUAAGCAUGAAAAACUGAUCUCCUCUAACUCUUGUCCUCUCGUCGUUUACGACUGCGACCAAAACGGACAAGUUGAAGUUCGCCUUCAUGAUGUUUGAUGAGGAUGGAAGUGGCAUGUUGGAGAGGCCAGAAUUGGAACGCAUUCUGCGUGCGAAUUUUAUGACCGCAAACCUAGCAGCUGGCGAGGUAGAACGCAAGGCAGACGAAAUCUACAGAGCAAUGAAUUAUGAACAGAGUAGGUUCAGGUUGGUAGAGGACCUAGACGUAGAAUUUCUUCAACAUCAGGGUAUGGGUAUUAAUCAUGUUUUCUUGUUCAUCAACAAGGUAUUAAUUAUGUUGCAUGAUGUGCAACUACAACUACUCUAUAUCGACUAUAACUAAUGGUUGUAAAACUGCUAGAGAGGACGCAUUGAUGAAGAUGAUGCCAUGUCCAUGACACAGUUUUCUAAGAGUUUUUAUUUGCAGUGCUGGUGAAGAUGGUAAACAGCAACAGACUGAGUAAAGUAUGAAUACGAAAACCAGAUUCCAUAUGAAUGUAGUUCAGACACUUAAAAAUAUUCCCCAUUUUCCUCUCGUCACCCCCUUUGUUCAUCUUCCGGUCGAAUUGGGUACACCGCUUACGUACGAACAAUUCAUGGACCUGUCGAAGACGAAUAUAGAACUUCUCUACCCAGUCGCCCAAGUGCGAAAGAGCAUACACGAUACUGGAUUGCAGAAGUAGUUGUAGAUGGAGGAUGAUUUUUGCAGAAGUGCCGAUUUUGCAGGACCACGAUUGAAACCACGCUGCGAGACCUGAAAAAAAGAUGAUUCCUUUGUCUUCCUUCAUGCUGAUGAUUCCUUCAAAUCUAAAUCUAAUAUCCUUUUACCACCUCUACGUCUACUGCUACACAUGUUGUAAAUUACUUCCUUGGCAGCUGCAUGAAAUUGAAAAUUCCUGUUGCGAAUUUUCCAGGCUGGCAUCGCCCAUGCCCUGUAUCAUGUGCAUCUAGACUGAACCCGACACACAAACAAACAUCCGUGAGUCAUCAACACGCUAUAUGUCGCUGACUGAUAUAGAAAAGUUACAAUAAGCUUGUACAAGGAGGUUGUGAGCCAACAUCGAAAAUGG